AUGUCUCUCCAUCCGUCACAAUGGUCUGUUGCCUGGGUGUCCGGCGCUGGCAGUGGAAUUGGUCGUGCGAUAGCAUUACAACUCUUCGCCGAUGGAUUUCGGAAGAUGUGCAUUGUGGAUGUGAAUGAAUCAAAUCUAAAGGCCACAGCCGAGAACAUUAAGUCCAAAUAUCCUGAUGCUGAAGUCAUUAGUGUACCAGUCAACAUCACCGAGGAUUCGGAGGUUCGAGUCUCCAUCGAUGCGACCGUGCAGCAAUUUGGCCGCUUGGACUGUUGUGUGAAUGCUGCAGGGAUCGCCGGCCCGUUUAGCAAGACCGACUCCCAAACCACCACAAGCCUUGACACAGUGCUAGGAGUGGACUUGCGUGGCCUGUGGCUCUGUGAGCGGGCGCAGCUAUGUCAGCUCAUGAAGCAAGAUCUCAGACCACUGAACACUCAGCCAGCCCAUCACACCAGAGGCGUGAUCAUUAAUAUUUCCUCUAUGCUCGGUACUGUUGGCAUGCCUCUGUCAAGUCCUUAUAAUAUGGCGAAACAUGGAGUAAUCGGAUUGACACGAACAGACGCGAUCGACUACGCAGAAGCAGGGAUUAGAGUCAUUGCCGUUUGCCCUGGCUUUUGCCGUAGCAAUCUUGUUGACGCUGCAACUUGGGAUGCUCUCGGUCCGGUCAUCCAACAGACUCCAAUGAAGCGAUUAGGUACGGUCGAGGAGAUUGCGUACUCGGUGUCCUUUCUCGCCAGCGAUCGGUCUAGCUACACUACUGGGAUCGCUUAUUGUAUCGAUGGAGGAUUUACCUCGGGCUAG